CUCCAAUGUCAGAUGAGGCAUUUUAAUUGUGAAAAUUGCGGAGGAUGUCCUUUUGCUUCCUGUCAUGUUGCCACAACGAUGCAUCAGAAGACGGCAUUGACACGGCCACUGCAGCUUCAUGCAUUUAGAUAAUUAGGUAGCGCUGAACUGCUUUCAAGUGACUCUCAACUGUUCAGUUUCCUUCCAAUGAAAGCGGCAAAUAAUUUCAAGUGAGCACCAUGGUGGGGAACUGUUUCCAUGCAAAGUUUUGGGUCCCCCAACAAAGAUUGCGAGAUAACAAAAAGUUUUUUGUUUUUUUUUUUUAACUAAACGACCGUCCUUCCACUGCAUUAAGUUGUUCCUGCAGAUAUAUUCCGUAAAGGGGGCUUUUAUUUUGAAAGUCAAGGAAACUGUCUCUCUCGUGUUUUGUGUUGGCUUGGCUGGGUGUGGAGGUGCAGCACCCCCAACGUGCGCAUCACAAGUGCCUCUCCGGGACUCUUGGAAUACUCCCCCCCCCCCUUUCUCUUUCUCCUUUGUAGUCCUCCUGCCGUCUCACACUCAGUGACUCAGUGUUUGAGGUGGAGUUGGGGUCCGCAGCGGUGAUGUCACGCCGCUGAGGGAUGAGCGCGUCAGGGCCAAGGUGAGUUCGUAAGCUGUCAUGCGCCGCGGAGUCCCCCCACUGGCCGGCAUUGCCCGCGAACGAGGCGGCGAAAGAUGCUCAUCGCCGGCGGUGCCACUCCAAGCUCGGACGCGUUCCCUCCCGCAGCUGCCGCCGCUCGGAUCCCGGGCCAUGGCGCCUUGAGCCGCCUCGUCAGCCCCGUCACCAACCUCCGCCGCCGUCGCCGCCGCCGCGAUGUCACAGGACGACGAGAAGUAGUGCGAGGAGCGUUUCGAAGGCAGGUGUCCGCGUGCCCCCUGCGGCUGCGCGGCGGCUGCGUCAGGGCGCCUCUGCAGGAUGACGCUGCCGGCCGCGCUGGUACUCUGGACUUGCGUGUGGGGGGCGGUCGCCCCGAGGAGCGGCGGGGCCAACGGCACUGAGGUGGAGAGGCGCUGGGAGACGCUGUUCUCGCGCUCCUAUCUGGGCCUCGCGGGCAGGGGGCCGCUGCAGCCCGACUGGCAGAGCGACUACCUGCGGGGCGUCAAGCGAGUGCGCCGCCUCUACUGCAACGUGGGCAUCGGUUUCCACCUGCAGGUGCUUCCGGACGGCAGGAUCGCCGGCGCACACCUCGAGGAUCCGCACAGUCUCAUCGAGAUUUCCAGCGUGGAGCGAGGAGUGGUCAGCCUGUUCGGUGUCAAGAGCGAGAUGUUCGUGGCCAUGAGCCGCAGGGGGAGGCUGUACGCCACGAGGCUCUUUGGUGACGAGUGCAAGUUCAGGGAGACGCUGCUGGCCAACAACUACAACGCCUACGAGUCUUUUGUUUACAAGGGCUUCUAUGUGGCCCUCAGCCGGCACGGGCGGCCGCGGCGAGGCGACAAGGCCAGCACCGCCGCCACCGGCACCCACUUCCUCCCUCGGUUGUGACUGACCCCGCCGACACCGACGUUUGCACAUGCUGAUUUUUAUUUUUUAUUUUUUUUCUUCCAGGUAAAACGACGCCAAUGAACUGCGCAGAUGUUGAUUGUGUUAUCAUACGAAUAUAUACGUGUAUAUUUGGAGAGCUAUCUUUGUAUAUGUAUGCCAUACUGUGCUGAUUUCGGGGCCUUUGCCACUCUCACUUGGUGCUUGCACAUUUACACUAUAUGGACACGCCUCUCAAUCACUUUAUUGAUAAAUCUGUCCAAACUCUGGGAACAGGGCACAAAACAUGAAAGCAUGCUUGGAUGGAUUUGCUGUGCACAAAAAUUCCCUUCACACAAAAGUCACUUCCUACGCAAUACAGUGGUGCCUUGAGAUAGAAGGCGUUUUUCGCAAUACGAGAUGCCGUUUGGACUUUUUUUUUUUUUUUGUUUUUUUGCUUUGACUUGCAAGGAGAAACUUGGUUUCCACUCCCACUUCCAGUUCACGGUCAACACUUUGUGUUAUGAAAAUGAGCUGUAAGACUCCUUUGCUUAGUCCUGUUCGCAACAAUGCAAAACGCCAUAGACAGGCUAAACCUGGAUAUUUUACCACAAACUGUGAAGCAGCACAUGUGGACCGAUAAUAAAAUAACGUUCACGGCAUAUAUUCGUAAUCCUCUGGAAAGAAAAACAUUACUGCAGCUUACUGAGCGACGGUAACUGUCCAUGUAUAUCUGUCUAUAUUAUACUGCCCCCAAGUGGCCAAGGCACACACACCAAACGGAGCAACACAAUGUCCAUGAACUGUGGCAAAAAACAUUUCAUUUUUCAACUUUGACGAUCAUUUGUUUUCAUAAUGUACAAUAUCAUAGCACGCUUGAAAAGUAAGCUACAAGCGUGGCAACGGAACAAAUUGAACUUGUACCUCAAGGCACCCAUCGUCCAUAUAGUGUACAUUGCGGACACGGGGGAUGAGCACAUGUGCUUAAAAUGGUCCUUAUUUACCUCAAAGCACCAAGUUCGAGGUUAAGGAUCCAUGGAACAGGCUCGUGUGCGCGCACGAGUGACUUUAAAUGCACUCCUUUUGCUGUAUGAUUUAAAAAGGUGCCUUGGCGCUCCCACUCAAGGCCCCCUUGAACUUGCAUGUAAGAGACACUCGGGUGAGGCAAAAAAUAGGAAUGACGAACAGGAGCGGCCCUCGAGUAAGGGGGAGGGCGGGGGGUAGUCAAAGGGAGACGACCUCUGGGUCUUUGCGCUGCAAUUAGAUCGAUUAAGUCAUUUACAAUCAAAGGGGUGCCCAAUAAAAAGCAGAGUGAGACCUCUGUACUGUAAAUUAAAUGCAAACGGAGUGGGACCUCAAAACUCCAACACAAUCUCGGACACUGGUUGACUUCCAAGUUGGUCUAACUUUAAAGCUAUGUCCCAUGGGGGGGCCUUUAUCCGUCUCACCUCAACCUUUUAGCGAGCGGGAGAGGAGAAAUGGCAGUUAAACAGGCCAAAAUCCAGGUGUCACCCUGAGCAAUAAUAAUAAUCAUCAUAAUUAAAAAACAGACUACGCUCUCCAUGUAGUCACACAACCAAAUUGGGCUAAAUUCCAUGCUGUGUCAUGAUGCGGUUGGCUCCGUGCUAAUUUUGUUAGCAUCUGCUCGGCAAAACGAGUUUGUGUCUAUAAACUCGUACUGAACACCAUUUCAGGGGUGUGUUGGGACUUUGGGGGGGUCCACUGUAUAAAAUACGUUGCUCAAAUGUUAGCGCACAUACAGGUAGCAGCCGCUGUUGUAUGUGAUGUCCAAUGAACAAAAACACACACAAUGUGGAAAUAGUGCAAAGUUACAAAUGAAUUCAGGAGCUUUUUACAUUAGGAGACACGUCAUCAAAUUUCAAGAUGUCGCCUCAAUGUUUGUGUGAGUGUGUGAGGUGGUGAGAAAGCAUGUGCCCUUGGCCUUUUCCCCCAAUGUGUGUGUGCGUGUGUGUGUGUGUGUAUACCGCAGUAGCAGCCAGCAGCUUUCGCAUGCAGGAUGCAGUAAAGGACAAUGCGGAAAGGUGAUCAAGUCAUCAAUUUUUUUUUUUGUGUCCCUGCGCUAACUCGGGUCUGGAAUAAUUGUUCUCGCAGUAUUGCAAUAUUCACAACAAAAGUCUGUCGGCAACUUAUUUGUGACUUAUUGACUGCGUAAUUAAAAUGCCAUCAAUAAAAUAAUCUGGAUCGAAAAGAGUGAUGCUUUGCCAGUACAAAUUUGUACUCGUAUGCCGGACUUACACAGUACUGUUUGCUUGUGCGCCUCUACCUGCUGCCUUGGUUUGAUUGUCGCUUAAAAAAAAAAUAAAAUUAGG